AUGUGCAUGUGGUUACAGAGCAGUUUGCACUUCGCCAUCGCUCUUAUUCAUCUAUCUAUCUAUCCAUCCAUCCAUCCAUCCAUCCAUCCAUCCAUCCAUCAUAUCAAAGCCAGUCCCUACGUUCUAACACUCAACCCUCUGCAGCCACACGCAGACGCGAGCAACUUCUCCACGACCCUCAGCAAGGGCGAAGCAUACUCACAGCUCCUCUCAUCACUGCAUGCACUCCUCGAGGGACAGCGCAACUGGGUGGCCAACACGGCCAACACGGCGUCGCUGCUGUGGCACCUGUACCACUCGCUGCCCGCACCAUCGUCCGCAGUGAACUGGUCUGGCUUCUACGUGUUGGAUCCUACGGACCCCGGAAACCAGUUGGUGCUUGGCCCCUUCAUGGGCAAAGUCGCGUGCCAGACCAUCAGGAUCGGGAAGGGCGUGUGUGGUGCUGCCGCUGAGGGAGACGGGAGGACGGUGUUGGUGAAGGAUGUCGAGGCAUUUCCCGGACAUAUUGCUUGCGAUGGAGACAGUAAGAGUGAAAUCGUGGUUGCGAUACGCGCGGCAGGAAAGGUCGUCGGCGUCAUCGAUGUUGACUGUGCCGAACUCGGGGGUUUCGACGAGGAAGACCAGAAAGGUCUCGAAGCCAUAGCUGACCUGUUAGGCAAAUCGAGCGAUUGGUAA